AAUAGGGUACAAACCCACGGAUCAGGGCAUCUACUUGGGGGGUGGGGGAGGGUGCACAAUGAGCGUACUUGUUUUCUUGGAAAGUUUGCAGCUAGAAGCUGCUCGGGGCACUCCUCCAAGACCUUUCUUCCCCCCUCUAGCAGCUGCCAUUUGAUCCCAUGCUUUGGCUUUGAAUGGAGCGCCCUGAGAAUGCCAGAUGUUGUGAACAAAGGUCUAAAAAUAAUCUAUCCAGUGAUCAUUCAAGAGGAAUAUGUGCCUCGUGGGUACACGAGAUGGGAGAACCUGAUCUGUCUUUGAACAAGAAAGUUCAACAGCAGCUCCUGGCUCCUGAUUCUGGGCUCCAAAACUUUUUUUGUUUGUUUAUUUUUUGCCUCCCAGAAGCUGUUCAGCAAAGAGUCGUUUGCUUCAGCAGUCAGCUCUCUCCCUCCCGCUGAUUUGUCUGGCGCCCGGAAAGCUGGGAUCCGUAUUCUUAUUUUUCAUCAGGAACAUGGACUCCAGCAGCAAUAGCCUGGGGCCCAAGCUGCAUUUCUGCAAAAAGAUCUUCACUGCAGCCUUGUGUGUCUCAGUCUUACUCGCAGAAUCUGGCUUGGCAAAGAAUCUUUGGAAACGUGCCCUCCACCUGAAACUGGCCGAGAAGUAUGAUGAUUAUGAGUACCCUCUUCAUUCUCACGGCGCCCACUACCAGAAGAAUGACCGCUGCCCACCGCCCCCACAGACUUUACCAGAGCGAGCAUGUGAGGUGCCCAGCUGCCGUUCAGAUUCCGAAUGUGAAAGACACAAGCGUUGUUGCUACAAUGGGUGCAUCUAUGCCUGCUUAGAAUCAGUACAGCCACCUCCAGUUUUAGACUGGUUGGUGCAGCCGAAACCACGUUGGCUUGGAGGAAACGGUUGGUUGUUAGACGGACCAGAGGAAGUUUUACAAGCGGAGGCCUGCAGCACCACUGAGGAUGGGGAUGAGCCUCUGCAUUGCCCUACAGGAUACGAAUGCCACAUCAUCAAUCCUGGCAACACAGCCGAAGGAAUCCCCAACAGGGGUCAGUGCAUCAAGCUACGUGGAAAUCCGGAUGGACGCAACCUAAGGCAUAAAUAUUACAAGGAGUAUUUUGGGAGUAAUUCCAAUAAUGUACUUGGCUACGUAAAACAACAGCAGAAGCACUUAGGAUAACUUGGUGGGACCUAACUAUUAAGGAGCUUUUAAAGAAAGCUAUAUCCAAUAGCUGUCUGGUUCAGAUGAAUUGCAGCCCUCAGUAUCCAGAUACAGCUAUUCAGCAUCUUCCUGAUCUCUGCAAGUUGUUGAUAAAAGACCUGCAUGGCGCAGGAGCAGCUAUUCUAGAACUCAGCCCUGUGAAGAGUGGGAGAAAUCCGUUCCUCUGAAGGCAGCUGUCGUGUUUACGAGCAGCGCCUUUACCACUGGAACAGAUAACCCGUCUGAUCCACAAUUUCAUUUCAGAUCUAUAUCAGCACAGUACACACUAUAAUGCACAUUAGGGGACUGAGUCUGAUUUCGCUCACGUAGGUGUAACUCAGGAGUGACACUGGUAUAAAAAUGGUGCACGUGGGUUUAGAAUCAGGCCCUAGAUAUAAACAACCUGCUUGAUUUUUCUAAUAUAUGUGUGCUGAAUACAAUCAGUGACUUUCAUACUGCACGUACAUCAUAUUAACAGAACUCAGAGGUCUCUUACCCAUAAGGAAAUGAAUCGACUAGUAGCUUAUGCAUAGUAUGAAUGACUUUAAUAUGUUCACUCAAGAAAAUGGGCCAAAUGUGUCUCUGUUGUGUCACCAUUGAAAUCAGUGGAAGCUACACCAAGGAUGAAUUUGCCCCAGUGAACAACUACCCUUUUAUGACUUAGUCUACAAGGUAAUCUAUGUAUUUAACAACGAGGCUGGAAAUGGUCUACCAUGGUGCUCUGUCUGAUAUUCCCAUAAGUAUUACAGUAUAUGCAAAUGUUUAUCCUUCCCCUAGAGUUUGGAAUCCCUAUAUGGUAAAGGGAAAGUUAAAAAUACUGAGCAUUUUUUACAUAGUUGCUUUCUGUUUAUUUGUUUGACCAGCAAAAAUGGUCAGGUUUUACAAAAUUUCAUUCCAGUGUUAGACUCAGAGACUUGGAGGCCAGAAGGGACCAUCGUGAUCACCUAGUCUGACCUCCUGCACAUUGCAAGCCCCAGAACCCCACCUGCUCCUGAAAUAGACUCCUAACCUCUGACUGAGUUACUGAAGUCCUCAAACCAUUGUUUAAAGACUUCAAGUUACAAAGAAUCUACCAUUUACUCUAGUUUCAGCCAGCAAGUGAUCCCUGCCCCACACUGCAGUGGAAGGAGAGAAAAAACAACCAGGGUCUCUGCCAAUGAAAUUCCUUCCUGACCCCCACCCCUCUCCAAACAAACAGUGAAAAAUGUGUACAAAAUAUUUUACUAUUUUUAAAUCAGCUCCAGAGCUCGGUGCCCUUAGUCAAUGUUACGUGUUUUAAGGACCUUACAGGAUCAAACACCUAGGCUCCGGUCUCAUUGAGCAAAACACUCAAACACAUGCUUAACUCGAGGUGGGCAUUUUGCUUUGCAAUGCUAGUUAAGCUCAUGGCUGAGUACUUUCCUGGAUAGGGGCUGUAGAGCAGGAAUUUAAUCAUUGCAAAAUGAAUCUUUAAAAAAAAAAAAAAAGAAGGAAGACUGAUAAAAUAAGAUACUGCUGAAUGUUUGCUGGUUACUACAUGCUGUAGAAAAUCCAGCCUACCUAAUGGUGCUAAGGUGUUAAUUUUUCUUUUAAAAGCUCUUUUAAAUUGUCAAACUCAGAAACAAAUCAGCCGGAGCGGAGAUCUGAAGGCUACGUUUCCAAUAUUAACAUUCAUACUGCUUUUGACAACACCAUAUAUUGAAAGACAAAUUUUCCUGGGUUCUUUCUGCUGCCCAGAAAACAAAUGGUUUUAAGGCAACAUUGUAAAAGCUCAGUAGGAAACUGGUAAUGUUAGCUUUUAAAUAACACAUCAUAUGUGUGUUUAGUCUCAUUUUAAGGCUUGUCUGGUGCUACAAUAAACUUUUCAUGUGAUGUUAUAUGCUCACAGUGCUCGCGAGCUGCCAGAGUCUCAGCUGGCGUCAAUCGGUGCCUUCAAUGGAGCCGCUCUGACCUCCACAACGUGAGACUCUGGCCCAAUGACUCAUUCGAGACUAUCACUCCUGUUUUGUGCUGCUUGUCAUUCGAAACGUAGGGUCUCCUACUUUGGUGCUCAAUAAAAACAAAUCCAGUAUAUUUUUCAA